UCAGCUGGGCUCCGCUGGGCGCUGUCUCCCUUGGCUCAGAGGGUGUCAAUUUGUCCCGCUUCCUCUCGGCCCCUCACUCCCGGAGGCUGACGACGACGGCGGCGGCUGCGGCGGGCGGGGCCUGGCGUUUCGAGGCCGAGCGGCGCCGGGGUGAGGGGCGCGGAGGAGGAGGAGCAGAAGCAGGAGGAGGAGCCGCGUGCCCUGGCACCGAGCGGCCGCGGCCAUGGCGUACGCCUAUCUUUUCAAGUACAUUAUCAUCGGCGACACAGGUGUUGGUAAAUCAUGCUUAUUGCUACAGUUUACAGACAAGAGGUUUCAGCCAGUACAUGAUCUUACUAUUGGUGUAGAGUUCGGUGCUCGAAUGAUAACCAUUGAUGGGAAACAGAUAAAACUUCAGAUUUGGGAUACAGCAGGGCAAGAGUCCUUUCGUUCCAUCACAAGGUCAUAUUACAGAGGUGCAGCAGGGGCUUUGCUAGUGUAUGAUAUUACAAGAAGAGACACAUUCAACCACUUGACAACCUGGUUAGAAGAUGCCCGCCAGCAUUCCAAUUCCAACAUGGUCAUUAUGCUUAUUGGAAAUAAAAGUGAUUUAGAAUCUAGAAGAGAAGUAAAAAAAGAAGAAGGUGAAGCUUUUGCACGAGAACAUGGACUUAUCUUCAUGGAAACUUCGGCUAAGACUGCUUCUAAUGUAGAAGAGGCAUUUAUUAAUACAGCAAAAGAAAUUUAUGAAAAAAUCCAAGAAGGAGUCUUUGACAUUAAUAAUGAGGCAAAUGGCAUUAAAAUUGGCCCUCAGCAUGCUGCUACUAACGCCACGCACGCAGGCAGUCAGGGAGGACAGCAGGCCGGGGGAGGCUGCUGUUGAGUCUGUUUUUACUGUCUCGCUGCCCAGAAGGGGCUACUCACCUAUUCUUUCACCCUCCUGCUCAGCUGAGACAUGAAACUCUUCGAAAUGGCUUUAUGUCACAGAAGAAGACUUUAAUCCUUCAAAUUCUUGUAUAACUUUGAAUAAAUGGUUAAUGUUCACUUAAAAAGACAGAUUUUGGAGAUUGUAUUCAUAUCUAUUUGCAUUUGAUUUCUAGGUCAAUUGACGUGAUUAUUUUUGUUAAAUGUUGUCUUGUGCCCUUACCUACGAACUGAAUUGUAUUGAACACUACAGAGUCAUCUUGAGUAUUUUAAAUCGGUUUGUGUAGUUAGGUUUCCCCACACCUGUGGUUACCUAAUGUUUAAUAUUAUAGAACUGUCCUCAAAAGUUUGUCAAUUUUCAAGGCUAUAAGGAAAACCGAAGGACUCUUUUAAUUCUGUAUUUAUCAUUUACUUUCUGUAUAUAUAGUUUAUAACCUGCUUGGGUGUAAUUUGCCAAGCUUGAAUUCUUUAAUGCAUUUGCAUAAAUUCUAUACUGUUUAGAGCUUAAAGCUACAGAAGCAUCGUUAGGAAUUGCUUGGACACUGAAUUUUAAACUUUUUGACAUUGUUAACAAGCAUGUUCAUCUUUUUCUUGUCACUAGUCCGAGAGAAAUAUGCUUAAUGUACAUUCUAAAGGCUAUGUGUGUGUUAACCUGUUUUAAUGCCAAAAGUUUGUUAUUUGUCCACAGUUUCUUUAAGACCUCUUCAGAAAAGGAUUUGUUUGCCUUAAUGCAGACUGUUGGGUAAAAACACAGUAUAAUGAGUGAGGUGGGCGGAAGAAAGGACUCCCUCUGCCUGAGCGACUCCAGGAGGAAUGAGUGUCCACAUUUAGACGGCACAUUAUGAGGACUUUAAUCUUUCCUUGAACACAAUAAUGUUUUCUUUUUCUUUUAUUCACAUGAUUUCUAAAUAUAUUUUUCACGCAGGACAGUUUUUCAACCCUUGAUGUACAGUGACUGUGUAAAAUUUUUCUUUCCGUGGCAACCUAUAAUCUUUAAAAUAUGGUGAGCAUCUUGUCUGUUUUGAAGGGGAUAUGACAAUAAACCUACCAGAUGGAAAAUCCUGUUAAAAGUAGAAAAGCUUUAGUAAUUUGCUCAGUGUGGUGGUUUUAUCCUUCUUUUUCUUUUUCUCCCUUGGACUAUAAUGAAAUUGUUAUAGCAGUGCAAAUAAAAUCCUAUGUAUAAAAGUG